CUUGCUACCAACAGAAGUUUGUACAUUAGCCAAAUUGGAAAGUUCAAAAUAAACAAAAGCUUCUGUUUGUAAGGGCUUAUUUCAUGCGAGAUUUAAAAUCUGCAACCGACACGGCGCCUAUAGAUAAUCUUCACCCCAGAGGAGGAUUUCACAUUAAUUCUUUGCUACCAUGGUACUCUUGUAAGAAAAGCGAGUUUCCUAGAAGGAAACCACGAAAAUUUCGUGCUCCGAAGCAAGAACUGAGCAAUCCGGUCCAGAUAAACAAGAGUGUUGGGAAAGUUAAAGCUACGCCCAGCAAGCCGAAGUCUUGGUCUGCUGUUGUAAAAAAGCAUGUUCGGGUACCUUCUUCGCAUGAAGUUUCACCUGCCGUAAGUGCUUCUUACACAUCAGCGGCAGCAACUGAGAAGAAGAGUGCAAAUGCAGCAUUUGCCCAACUGAUUGAAACUUUUCAGCCUGAUUUUCAAGCAAAAGUUGUAAUUCAACCUCGUGGAUUUAUCAACACAGGAAAUAUUUGCUUCAUGAAUUCAAUUUUACAAGCUUUGCUCUAUUGCGUACCAUUCUUCAAUUUACUCAAGCUUAUUAAUAAAACCGUCCCUUAUAAUUUUGAGAAAACCACGCCUUUAAUCGAGUCUACGACAUUGUUUUUAAAUGAUUUUAAACAAAAAUGGGACAAAGAUGAGGAACAAGGCGAAUCUCUCUUGCCAGAAGUUGUCUACUCUUCUACUAAAGGAAAUCCUCGGUUCGAAAUUCUCCAGAGCGGAGAACAAGAGGAUGCUGAAGAAUUUCUGAACUUGUUUUUAAACGAACUUCAUGAAGAAUUCUUGAACGAAUACAAAACCUAUCAACAAAAGAAAGGAAACAAGACUGACGAAGAAACCGUGAAGUUUGUGAAUGGAAUAGCCAACGAUUCCGAAAGUAAGGAUGAGAGUAGUGGAUGGACAGAGGUAGGAAAAAAUAAGAAGCCAGUUAUAGCAAGAUCGGCAACCAUAGAGCGUUCUCCUAUUAGCCAGAUUUUUGGCGGUCAAUUGCGUUCUACAUUGCGAGUACCAAAUCAAAGAGACUCUGUCCUACUAGAACCAUUUCAACCUUUGCAACUUGAUAUCCAAUCUGACGACAUCCUUUCUGUUACCGAUACGUUGGAAAAGAUGACGGAGCCUGAGGUCCUGCCAGAAUGGCCCUCCUCCAAGGGAAAUGUUACUGCUACGAAGCAGAUGUACAUAGAGUCGUUACCUCCUGUGUUAAUUUUGCAUUUAAAACGCUUCUUCUAUGAUAUUGCCGGAGGUACACAAAAGAACUAUAAGCCUGUUGCUUAUCCAGCUGAUUUGACCAUCCCUCAAAGCGUUUUCAGUCCUUCAAUCCGCGGAACUGUUCCUAUCGAGUAUAGUCUGAAUGCUGUUGUAUAUCAUCACGGUAUUUCUGCUUCUGGCGGUCAUUAUACCGUGGACGUUAAACAGCACGAUGGAGGUGGAUGGAUUCGCAUCGAUGAUACCCAUAUCCAUAAAAUUCGAGUUUCUGAUGUUGAGAUACCUAAAGCUGCUGUUGAAAACGGCAGCUAUGGUGCUUCGAGUGAUAAAGUGGCAUACUUAUUAUUCUAUACAAGAAAAAAUUAAGGCGAUGUGGAAAUAUAAAGGAGCGAUUUAAAGUACGGUGCAUUUUUUUUUGUGGCUGUGUUGGGUCCUCAAUAAAACCCAUUUUCUGUGUUACAAGGUAUCACUUUUCUAAUUGUACUUUAACAGAAUAUGGGUGAAUAGUUAUUACGAAAGAUUAGAAUGGAUUUUCUACAAAAAUUUCUCAUCGGGCUUUAUUUAUUUCUCAUUCCUUGAUUUGUUAGCACGUUUUCCAGUUGUCGACUACGUUUUUGGAUUCCAUGUGCUUAAUUUCUCAAAUGCCACUUCCCGUUUUAUAUAGGAACGUUCUCUUAGCUUUCUAAAGGAAAACAUUGGUGGUGUUAUUGUUUUCGGUAAUUGUUCUAUAUUAAUUUGGUUGUACAGUAGAGAUUUGGUUUUCGUCAGAUUUGUUCUUUACGAUUGUUUGUUAGGCCGCUACAGGUUGAAACCAUAUCAAUUUAAAUUUUCCAAGUUCUCUUUUCAUAAAUAAUAAUAAUAAUCUUGUUUAGUUCGUUAGCUCAUGUAUCAUGUAUGCAAGGUACUACAUAUAAAUGAACGC